AUGUUAUCCGAUACUACAAAUACUCAAUCAGACAAUUCUGUAUCGGCGUCAAGUAUUUAUGAUUUUAAUGAUGAAUCUAGUCCAUCUCAUCGUCAUCGAUCUCGGCAACGUCAUUUUUCAACACUUAAUACUAUUCGUCGACAUAAAAAUGAAUUGAAACGUAGAAAUGCCUUUAUUCAAGCUUGUGCAAAUGAUAAACAAAUGAAAGUUAUAAUCGAACCUUUAGAAGAUAUUCAAAGUUUUGUCGAUGGAAAAUAUCAUUCACAAACUCCAGAGGAACAAGCAAAACUAAAACAAACAGAAUUACAGAGAAAAAUCUAUAAUAAUAAACAAGCACCAUUAAUACCAUUCAUUAUGGAUGAUCAAUUUCAGUCUUUAAUGGAAAUAGCAUUAUCAUCACAACAAAAUGAUUUAGUAUGUGAUAUCAUGACAUUAUUAGAUAGUAUGGAAGAAUAUUAUUCUUCUUCAGAACAGUUGGAUAGUUAA